UUAACAAAUGGGUCGAUUUUAUGAGCUCUUAUUUCAUUGCUAACGAACUAGACGAAAAACUUAAACAGCUAUAUUUUACUUAGCAUAGGUGAGGGUCGAGAAUUAAUGACGGCUGAACAGGAAGAAAUAUCAGCAAACCUAUUCAGAACUUCUGAAGCCCAUCAGAUAGAAAAACCAAACAAAUGGGUUGAACGCUUAGAGUUCUCUUUAAUACAACAAAUUGAAGAGUCAGUUGACGAAUAUUUAGAUCGACUUAAAUCAAAAGCCGAAAGAUGCGACUUCGGCACAAACCAGGAGGAGAGAAUCCUUGAACAAAUAAUAAAAGGACUGAAAUGGAGAAAUGAAAUAAAAAAUCUUGUAGACGAACCAGAUCUUACUCUCGAGUUAGCUAUUGAGAGCAUACGGACAUAUGAAGUUACGAUAGAAAGCAGUACAUGUUAUAAUGAUGCUAAUGAAGGAAAAACUGACUCAUGUCAUGAAAUAACGGUGAAAAAUACCAGAUCGUGUGGAAGAUGUGGAAAAAACCAUGGAAAGAGAAAAAAAGACUGUCAUGCAUUUAACAAAGAAUGCAGAAAAUGCCACAGGUUACACCAUUUUGAAAAAUUUUGCCUUACAAAAACAACUAUGUACCAAAACAGAAAUCCCCGUCCACAUUGGUUUGGAGCAAGUAUCCCAUAUGAUCCAUACCAAGAAGAAACCUAUCCGUACCCAGAAAACGGAGGAGAGAGAAGUCUUAAUAACGGAUUCUCACCUCGAGGUGGUGGACGUGGAGGUGGUCGUGGUGGCUUUGGUGGACGUGGAGGCUUUGGUGGUAGAGGUGGCGGUGGUGGUAGAGGAGGAUUUGGUGGCCGGGGUGGAGGUGGCAGAGGAGGAUUUGGUAGCAGAGGAGGAUUCGGUGGCAGAGGAGGAUUUGGCGGCAGAGGACGUGGGGGUGGCCGAGGUGGUAUGAGAGGUGGGCAGAAAGUUAUAAUUGAACCUCACAGACAUGAAGGUGUUUUUAUUGCUCGUGGUAAAGAAGAUGUAUUGGUUACAAAAAAUAUGGUCGUUGGAGAUAGUGUAUAUGGCGAGAAAAAAAUUGUUGUUGAAGAAGGAGACAAAAAAAUUGAAUACAGAUCAUGGAAUCCUUUCCGGUCUAAGUUAGCAGCAGCUAUUCUUGGUGGAAUUGAUGACAUCCACAUGAAACCAGGAAGCAAAGUUUUAUAUUUAGGAGCUGCUUCAGGAACCACAGUUAGCCAUGUUUCAGAUCUCGUUGGUCCAGACGGUAUUGUCUAUGCUGUAGAGUUUUCCCAUCGUAGUGGUCGUGAUUUAUUAAAUGUUGCUACAAAACGCACCAAUAUUGUACCAAUUAUUGAAGAUGCUCGACAUCCAUUGAAAUACAGAAUGUUAGUUGGUAUAGUUGAUACAAUUUUCUCUGAUGUUGCUCAACCAGACCAAGCUAGAAUCGUUGCUUUGAAUGCACAUCACUUUUUAAAGAACAAUGGAUAUGUUGUCAUUUCUAUUAAGGCUAAUUGUAUAGAUUCUACAGCAGAACCAGAAGCAGUAUUUGCUGGUGAAGUAAACAAAAUGAAGGCUGAAAAAAUUAAACCCCUUGAGCAGCUGACACUUGAACCUUAUGAAAGAGAUCAUGCUGUGGUGGUUGGCUGUUACAGGCCACCACCUAAAAAAUAGACAUUAUUUUAUAUUUUUAACAUUCAUGAACUCAUCCAUUUUUUUGUGUAUAUACAGUACAUAAAAGAAAACACAAGACAAAAUUCAUGGCUUUAUAUCUUUUUUCUUUUACUAUUUGACCAAUGAAGUUAUCACAGUAUAUCCUACUGAAACCCAGCAGCAAGGACAGCCUGUUUUCUCUAACACUGAGCUGUCCAUUAGAGGAUUGGUCCUCUUAAUGUCAAAAUGCCUUAAAAUGAAUAUAGAUAUAUUAAUGAAAUUACAGGUUGCAAGAAAAUAUUUAUGUCUAAAGUGUUUUACAUCAGACCAAUAAUGUUUUAUCAACUAUUUUGACUUGCUUUACAAUGUAAAGUAUGUUUUUUUUUAAUGGAAAACACAUUUACUCUCCACACGAGUUAAAUAUUUUUUUUCAUCCAUGCCACAUAAAACUGGUUAACCAAACAAAAUUUUUAUAAUUUGCCAUGAUCUACAGAAACAAUAAAAACUUGUAAAGAGAAAA